AUGGUUCGACAAUUCAUGAUCAAGCAGUGGAAUUCUGUGCAAUUACCUGAUAUUCUGUAUCAUGAUGAUGGCUACUUUAUUCUACGUUUCAAGAACUUUGAUGAAAAGGAGGAAAUUCUCAUGAACGGACCAUACACCAUCAAGAACAUGACUAUGUUGCUGAGAGAUUGGAGUCAUGAUUUCAACAUGAAGACGGAUAUGCUGCGCACUGUCCCUGUUUGGGUGAAACUGCCUAACUUGCCUCUGAGGCUAUGGGGUGCAAAGAGUCUUAAUAAGAUUUGGAUGAUGAUAGAAGUUGAUGCUACAAAACAAAUGCCCAAGGAAAUUACCAUCCGGAAUCAUGAGUGUACCCUGGUGCAGCAGGCCAUAGAAUAUGAGUGGUUACCUAAGUUCUGUGGGAGAUGCCAGACAUUUGGCCAUAACUUGGUGGAGAACACCAAUUUACCAGAGGUGGCUAGCAUAAAUGAUGAAGGAGCACUUGUUUGGGAAACACCAAAGCAGCGAUAUGGUAAGAGCACCAAUAGCAAGAACCCUCAGGAUAAACACAACGUGAUCUGUAGCAAUGGUUUCACUGCUCUAGGGGAUUUGGCUGAUCCAGUAGAGCACAUAACCAUUGAGCCAUGUUGA